CAUCGCUGUUCUGGCGGAACUUUGAACACCACAACAAUGAUGUCCACGGGGUUUCAGUCCACAGAACAACACCAAACAAGCAGACCACAAGAGAGUGGUGGAUCAGGAGUAGGAGGGGUAGCAGCAGUGGUGGUGGCUCUCCUGAUCAUAGUGGUUGUUGUGGUGGUGCUAGUGGUGUUUUACAGGAGAAACCUGUUUGGUUUCAAAGAUAAAAUGGAGCCAUUGUUUGAUAAUAUCAGAAAUCAUCUUCCAGGGAACAGAGAGCAGCACGAAACAAGAUCUGAUGAGGAAACUGGAGUAGCAAAUGAACCAGAAAUGCCUUUACUUUACGAUGAGGAGACUGGAGUAGCAAAUGAACCAGAAAUGCCUUUACUGUACGCAUCUGCUCCAGAACUACUUGGUCAAUCUCAGCAAAACUUGGCUGGAAGUAUUCUGGAUAAACCGAUGUAUGCUACAGUUAGCAAGGACACCCAAAAGAAGAAAGAGGAAAUGAAAAUGAGAAUAAGAAAGCUCAACAUUCUCCAGAGGUACCUGGUUCACAUAUUAAAGAGGGAGAUAGAUGUCAAGGAUUUAAAAGAAAAAUCAAUCAUUCACUCAAAAUCCCUUAGAGAACAUUUCACAGAACCAGUUCUACAGGAUCUCAACAGUGUUGAGAAAGCUGAUGAUUACAUUAAGCUGGACAUGUCUCUGGUAUUUGCUUUGCUAAGAAACUUUUGUGAAAAUGUCAAACCGCCAAUGAGAGGUUGGGACUAUGAACCUCCAGAUGAAGAAGGAACAGUUGGUGCUGAUAUUGAGAGAAUUCGGUCUAUGUGGAAUAAAUACUGUGAUAAUAAUAAUGACUUUAAGAAUUUAGAUGAUGUGUUCAACAGGAUGAAGAAUAAGUACGGGACUCCAGCUGUUCAGAAUGAACAAAAUCAAGCAACAGAUGAGAUCGAAGGUUUUGGGGAGAUAAAAGAAAAAAUACAGAGUACAAAGCUGAACCCAGACUGUUCUGUUGAGGAAGGCAUUGUGAUAACUGAAGGGAUAAGGUCUGCACUUCAGUCUCUGGAGACAGGGAAUGUUGUGAUCUGUAAAGGAGCCAUUGGAUGUGGUAAAACACAUGCUUUAAAAGCAAUCCGGAACAGGUAUAAAGUAAAAGGAUGGAAAGUAAGAUGGAUGGAGGAAAGUUUACUUCCUCUAGAGGAAAAUUUGAAAGAUGAAACAAUUGUGAUUUGUGACAAUCUUUUUGGAAGGUACGGUUGUAAUACAUUUUCAUCAAAUAAAAUAUCAAGUAUUGAAAAUUUACUCGAGAAAAUGUGCGAAAAAUCAAGGAAUAUUAAAGUUGCUGUUGGAAUCCACCAACAUGUAUUUGAUGAAGUCAGGAGAAAUGCUAAUCUGAAACUCCUUCAAAACAAAAAUAUUACUGCUGAUUUAGUCAAACUAACAAAAUCUGAAUUGCUGCUAAUUUUGAAAGAGCAACAAAAAGAGGGUCACUGUAAAACAGAUCCCAGUUGUUGGUUCAAAGGUGUUGAUCUCACCUUUGUGAUUGAUAAAUUUAAAGAAAACCAGGGUCAUAUUGGAAGCCCAUUUCUUAGUUUGAUGUACUGCCACCUGCAUGAUUUAUUUUCUGAUGAAGCUUUCACCAAAAACCCACUUCAGUCGUUAACACAACGCUUUCAGAAAAUGAGAAAUGAUUCAAGUUCAAUUGAAUAUUACAGUCUUGUUUACUUGAUGUGUGUUAGAAAACACAAAUAUGGAGAUGAGCUGACCAGCUGGGCAGGUACACUUGAUCCAUAUUUAAACGAAGAGGCUCUUACCAAUACUGCUUCAAAAAUGCCUUGGCUCAUUAGAGUAGACAACGGUGUGGAAACACUUUAUCAUGAAGUCUUGACAAUAGCUUUAUUCAAAGCUACUGCACAUGAUGAAAUGCUUUUCUUACCAGUCGUUCAAAAUUGUGAGAUAGAAAUUCUUCUUCAGCUAAUGAGACCAACUGAUAGUUUCAAUACUGAAUUCAGUUGUGGUUUUGCUAAUCCAAAGAAGAACACUCAAGCAAGAAUCAUUGGCAAGCACUUGGUGAAAAGAUUUGCAGAUAAAUUCAUGUCAAAAUGGGACAGUAUUGAACACCCUCUUAAACAUCAUGAGCUUUUUGAAGCUAAAUUUGACCAUUAUAAAACAAUUACACCAAAAGAAAAGAUACUUUAAACUAUAAAUGAAGAUUGAAGUUGCAUAUUAAAUGUAUAUAGAUAGAAGAUCAGUCACUACAGCAUGUGCAAUGGCUUUGGUUGAUAUUUAAUCACUGUACAAGAAAAUGUUUAGCAUUAUCUCACCAUAGUCAAGGGAUAAGAAAAGGGAUAAGAAAAUAAUGUAUAUGUAGUCAAGUUACUAAAACCGUGUUGCUUAAAUAUUGCAUUGUAUGUACGGGUUAGAAUACGUACCUUAUAAAACUGGAAUUGUAACUAAUGAAAUGUUAAUACUUGCAUAUAUGUGAUUGCGUUACACGUCCUAGUUUACACCUUUUCUUUAUUGUUAUUCUAAAAAUUGCAAAGGUCUGAAGGGAAAAGUGAAAAGUUUAAAUGAAAUGCUAUUAAGCAUCAUCAAAAUGUCUUGGAUCAAAACAAUACGAAAGCCUGCGCAUGCCACUAUUUAGAGAAAUAGAAACAGGCUUCUUUGAAUAUGUAUUCAUUAUACUCCUGUUCUGAAGGAGAGGGGGUAUACUGUUUUACCCUUGUGUGUCUGUGUGUGUGUCUAGCUGUCUGUGUCUGUCCGUUACAAAUUCUCAGCAAAUACUCAUCGCAGAUGCUUGAAAUUUUAGCAGACUCUUUGUUUAGGCAUGCCAUAUGGUGGGAUUUGUUUUUCCUAUGAAUCCGAUGUCAACGUCCUAUUUAUCCGUGCAGCUGUCCGCAGCAUAACAAAUUUCGUAGCAGUUUUUUUCAGCAACUACUCGUUGCAGAUGCUUGAAAUUUUAGCACACUCUUUGAUUAGGCAUUUCAUCUGCUGGGAUUCAUUUUUGUACGAACCCGAUGUCAACUUCCUGUGUGUCUGUCCGUACCAUACGUAACCGAUUUUCGUCGCAGUUUCCUCAGAAACAACUCAUCAUAGAUGCUUGAAAUUAUAGCACACUCCUUCUUUAGGCAUGCAAUAUGAUGUGAUUUUGUACGAAUCCGAUGUAAACUUCCUGUUUAUCCCUGUGUCUUCAGUACCUGUACUUGUGUACAUAAGAGUGUAUAUUAACGUCAGAUCGGGGUAUUAUUAGUGAGCAUUGGCUUACAGACUUUUUGUUUGAACAGUGUUCAGAUGUGUAUUUUUAAAAAAAACAAAUGUUCAUGAGAUGUUAUUUAAUUUUAAUAUUUCUACAGUUUAAGUUAUUUGAGUAUUCAUGUUCUGUUUAAUGAAAAAUUUCUUGAGAAAGUAAUUGACUUAUAUCAAAUUACACAUUUUUAACUUACCAAAACAAAUUGCUCAAAUUACAAUUAUUUAGUGAUUGAGGAUUGUUGUACAUAUGUUUUUUUCUGCUGUUAUUUGUUUACUUUGCCCAUCCUCCGGAUCCGACAGGCUGUUCUUCAAUUUGCCCAAAAGCGUCAUUGUAUGUAUUAGAGAAUUUAUAGCAUGUUUUCUUAAAUGGAGGACUUGAAAAGUCUUUUCUAGAGAGUGACAAUUUAUAAAUUGUUUAUAGUAAUGAAUACAUGAAAUAAUGUUUUUGAAUUGUUUUCUAAUUAUUCAUGAUUGAAAAAUAUGGAGCAACCAUCAAUAUAAUUUUGUGAUUUUUUUGUGAUUUGUGAUUUUUGGACAUUUUGAAGCUUACAUUUUGAAUAUAUUUCUUUAUUUACGUGUGAUUUGACUUUAACGUAUGUUUCUUUCAAA